GCAAGACACGCCGAUAGCGCCAAGCGUAUUUGGCGGGAUCACAGUCUACAACGGCGUCGUCUCUGUAUUCUGCGUCAAUCUGUCGUAUAGUUGAAACGUAAACGGUUCUAGAAGCGUAAUGGCUGGCGGAAAAACUGGCAAGGAUUCCGGUAAGGCUAAAGCAAAGGCGGUCUCUCGUUCGGCGAGGGCAGGCUUGCAGUUCCCAGUUGGUAGAAUUCAUAGGCAUUUAAAAAAUCGAACAACAAGCCAUGGAAGAGUGGGUGCUACAGCAGCAGUUUACAGUGCUGCAAUUUUGGAAUAUCUUACCGCAGAGGUCUUGGAAUUGGCGGGUAAUGCAUCGAAAGACUUGAAAGUAAAACGUAUCACUCCAAGGCAUUUACAACUUGCAAUUCGAGGAGAUGAGGAACUUGACAGUCUCAUAAAAGCUACCAUUGCAGGCGGAGGUGUUAUUCCACACAUCCACAAGUCUCUAAUUGGCAAGAAAGGUUCACAAAAGCCUGCAUAAUUUAAUCUUGCUUAGUUAACUGUUUUCUUUUUUUUCUCUUUUUUGGUGACGUAGUUUUGAAAAUAAAUUAAAUAUGAGCAAUUAUAAAAAUUAGAAAAAAAAGAAAACUGAGUGAUUGUUGAUAAAGUGCGUACCUACGUUAAUUAAUCAGAGAUAAAUAUGGGUGAGAAAUAAAUAAUGCGAGAUUAUUAUUAACAAGCAUAAUGUAUAUAUACAUAUAAAUUUUAUGUGUGUAUAUAUAAAUAUAUAAUCUAAUAAUAUGACCAUCGACACAGUUAAAACAAUUACGGAGGUUUAAUUCAAAUUCAAGAAAAAUAGAAACUUGAUCGAUUAAUAUUUCAGUAUAUGACUUUAUAGUCAUAGAAAUUUUUGUUUGUUACACUUGUUUCGACUAUCUUUUUUAUCAAAAUGUACUAAAAUUUUAAUUUGUUGAAUAUUUUUGUAAAAAAAUCAGAACGAGCUACAAGAAAAGAUAUCGUAGGAAUUCUGAAAAGAACUAUUUUUUUAAUCAAAUAUCAGUGAGGGAAGAAUCAAUUAAUCUUUAAUUUAAGAAUCUUUAAGUUUAAUCAAUUGAUAUUAGAAUUUCCAAAUGUUGAAGAAAAUUUAACGACAAAGCAAUCACAUUUCUUAUUAUACAUAUGAUGAGACUUCCAUUUGACUAAUUUUUGGGCUACAAGUCUGUUUCAUUUUUCAUUAGAAAAUAAAAAAUGAACAUCUAGACACAGAAUACUUAACGAAACAUUCAACUAAUAUGUAAGAGUAAUUUAGAUAAAGAACAUUUAUAGUCAGAGCAAAAAACUAAUUGCAUCUUAUUCCGCUCAAAGUCUUCACGGAAUAUAGCCCAUUAAAUAUUUUGUUCACUUAUAUUUCCAAGAUUAUAUAGAAUUUUCAUUUUUUAUAUAGUUAUUUGAUCAAAAAGAGUUUAAACUCAAGAAAAGACGAUUUACUUUUCGAAUCCUAUAUCUAUUUAAAACCUCCAGUGGCUUAAUUAGACUUUAUUAUGUACAAUUAUAUUAUUAUAGAUAACAGUAAAUUAAUUAGAAUUUAAUAUUUUCACAUGUACCAAUGGUCAAUUGUCCUUGGAAAUUGAAUUUAAAACAAUCAUACCUAAUACAUACUUUCAUAAAUGUAAAACAUUCAU